GCCCACAAGAGGCUAGCUCGCAGGCUCCCCGCUCGCCGUGGUGUGCUGUGGAGCCAUGGGGGAGCAUUGGGCGCUGGGCCCGGAGGCAGGCUCCUCCUUGCUGUUGUGCUCAGCGCUGCUGGCCGUAGGGUGCGCGCUGGGCCUGCGCCUGGGCCGCGGGCGGAGCGCGGUGGAGCGUUGGGUGCUCGCCUGGCUCUGCUACGACUCACUGGUUCACUUUGUGCUGGAAGGCGCUUUUGUCUACUUGUCUAUAGUAGGAAAUGUUGCAGAUUCCCAAGGCUUGAUUGCAUCUUUAUGGAAAGAGUAUGGCAAGGCUGACACAAGAUGGCUGUAUUCUGAUCCCACCGUUGUGUCUUUGGAAAUCCUGACUGUUGUCCUAGAUGGGCUCCUGGCGUUGGUCCUCAUUUAUGCCAUAGUCAAGGAGAAAUAUUACAGGCACUUUGUACAGAUUGUCCUGUGCGUGUGUGAGCUCUAUGGCUGCUGGAUGACCUUCUUCCCCGAGUGGCUCGUCGGAAGCCCCAGCCUCAACACCAGCAGCUGGCUCUACCUCUGGGUCUAUUUGGUGUUUUUUAAUGGCCUGUGGGUUCUGAUCCCAGGCCUGCUGCUGUGGCAGUCAUGGGUAGAACUGAAGAAGAGAGAUUCCCAAGAGGCUAAUUUAGCGAAGAAGCAUAAAUAAGUUCUCAGGGCAACCCAUUCUGACGAUCUGCUUUCCGAGUCAGAAUUGACCAGACAUUCCGAUCUGUGCUCCUUUUUUACAGUGUUUUGAAGCGGCCAUUACAGAUGGGCUGGAAGGGGGCAAACUUGGCUGUUUGUUUUUGGUUCUUUGAUUAAAUGAUGAUAUGAAGAGAACUUGGGGUGUGACUUAGUAGUGUUGUGCUUGUCUAGCAUUCACAAGGCCCUGAAUUGUUCCCUUAACACGACUAGGGGGUGCUGAGUACGUUCUCACCUGUCACAGAUCAUAUUUAAUGAGACGCUCAGUCAUGGCUGGCAGGCUAGUUAUGCCGUGUUAAUAAGUGAGUGUCAAAGAUACUGUAAGGAGUAGCAUCAAUGUUUACUCCAAAAAAAAAAAACCCAAAAAACAACAAAAAUCAAAACCCUUUUUGCUUCAGCUUUUAUUCUUCUCUGUGGUCUCGGGGUUAGUGACGGAAACCAAAAGCAAAAGGAGUUGGUUCUGUGUUAUGCCUACAAACUUCAAAUUGCUUCAAAUUUGUGUGCCCAACAGAGAACGAUAGUGGUAAUCUGGAGUAGUGGCGUCCAGGUGUACUUGGGAAGCUGAGGCCGGUGGGGGGCUUGAGGCUCCUUGGGGCGAUAUUGUAAUAUUCAUUUGAAAGAAAGAGGCAGAGGAGGGAGACUCGAUGUAAGGGGCAGAGGGUGGGACUGUGGCAACACACAAGAACCAAAAAAAUGUGGUAAAUCUUAACAGUACAACUAUAAGAUAAAUUCCAGAAGAUUCCAUGAAGUGCAGUUUGUGCCUUAACAGUCUGGGUGGCUGAGGAGGGGGGGCGCAAGCUUGGUACAGAAUCUGUACCCAGAUGGGGCAGGAUCAUGCUGGGUUUCAAACCCUGGUUCCAGGAAGUGACUGCCAUGGUUCUCUUACAGGUGGGAGAGGGUACUCACAAUACGACUUAACCCAUCCCUCUGCUCAGGAGAGCACCCACACCUGGACCCACGCCCGCUUCGUGGUACUGGGCACUGGAGCCAGGCCGCUCACUCUUUGCCAGUCUGGCUGCUGGUCCAGUUUAGGUCUCUCUUCCCCUUCAUCUCUUAUUCUUGGUCGUUUUGUUAAACGUAUGAAGGUCAGUGUCUCCAGCAUGCUAGGCAACCACUCCAGACUUGCUACCCACAAUCCUCCUGCCUCUACCUUCCAGGUGCUGAGAUUGAGGCGUAUGCCCAAGCCGCAGUCCUAAGUUUGGGUCUUGAGUGUGUUGCUCAUCAGCCGGUGUUGCUGAAGCAGGAGAGGCGGUCUUAGGUGGGGCCUGUGAGGAAGUUGACACACUAGGAUUUGCUCUUGAAGGGAUGUCAAGCCCCGCCUCUCUGUUCUUUAACUUUCCCGCCGCCAUGAAGUAAAUAGCUUUAC